UGAUAUGUCACGCAUUAGAUGACGAUGUGAAAACGAAAGUAAGUAGCUGAGUAAGACUUUGAAAACAAAACCUACCUGGGGGAGGGCUCUGCUCGUCUCUCAUUGGUUAAAACAUAGAGCAUUGCUUGGAGCACGCUCCUUACCCAUUGGUUGUCAUGAAAAUGCGGGGCGUGGCUACUGGACUAUAUAUUGAUGUCCAAGCAGCUGGAAAGUUUGUGGUUUUCGGAAAACAUAAAGAAGACAAGAUCUCUGAGAACUCGUCGUAUAUUAUACAUCCCUUUUGAAAGAUCAAUCAGAAGUAGAUAUAAUGGAGCUCAUCAUCCAGGUCCUGAGCGGAGAGAAAAAAAGUGUGCUGGUGAAUCCAAGCGCGACCAUUGGCGAACUCAAGCAACAAAUCGCCCCAAUCUUUAAUGCGAGACCUUCAAGGCUAAGGCUCUCCAUUACCAAUGGACAAAUCCUCCAGCUGGACCAGGACCAGAAGACGGUGAGAGAUUACUGCCUGAGUUCAGGUUCCACAGUGAUGCUGCUGAUCUCCUCGACCCCCAUGCCGAUGCAGGUGUUCGUGAAGAAUGAGAAGGGACAGACGAAAACUUACGACAUCACUGACGAAGAGACCGUCGAUCAGUUGAAGUCGAAGGUCUUCCAGAAAGAGAGAACGCCAGUGGACCAACAGCGGCUGAUCUACAAUGGACAACAGCUCGAGUCUGGCAGGAGGCUGCAGGAUUACAACAUUCAAUCCGGAAGCACCGUUCACAUGACCCUCCGUCUGCGUGGAGGCUGAUGGGACACAAAGAUGUAGAAAUAAUUUUAGUCUUAAAAAUUCAAUUUAAUAACGUUUUAUGUGUUACAUGCAAUGUAAUUCACAUUCCUUUAUUCUAAUUGCACUAAUUGACUGUUCACUUUGGAUGUAUUUUCCUUUUUUUCUUUUCUUUUUUCAUUUCAUCCCCCCCACCCCCCCCUCUCAAAAAAAAAAAAAUUAUAAUGUAUAUAAAAAG